UCUCCAGGCCAGCUUGUCGUGGACUGGCACCCUUUCUUCCCUCUCAGUCUCAUACCAUAUGCACUGUAAAAGGGCCCCUUUUAUCACCUCUCUCCAUACUCCCUUUUAAAGCCAGAAAAAUCUCUUGCAUUUCUUUCUGCUGUUUUCACUUUCAAUGCUUUAAGGCGGAAUGAUAGCGAUGUAAAUCUCAUUCCUUUUUCUGACCCACAUUACUACCGGCAUCAAAUCUACAGUCCCACAUUACUAACCACAUUUUUCAGCCUUAUACAUCUUGAGCUUUCGUUACAACCCUUCACUGCAUCCACAAUGCGUUAAGGAGAAACUUCAGUUCAAGAAAAGGGAUAGUCCUAUUUGUUGCUUAAUCAUUCAACGCCUCUGUUAUUUUCAAGUUUCUUUGAAUUAUGUUUUUGGGUCUUGAAGCUUCGUACGCCCAUAAGCACGUAACCUCUCCCUGGGACUAGGUUGCAAUGCUGCUCUCUCUCCCUCAUUUAUUUUUCCUUGAUUCUGGGUCUUGAACAGAAUUCUAAAUUUUCCGUAUCUGGGUCAUUUUGCAACAUCUUCAUUUAAUCGAAUCUUAAUGACAUCUAGGCUCCCUCUUUACUUUGCCAAAUUCAUGUAAUUUAAUAUAAACUGGAGAAUGUGUAUUUUUCCAAUGUCAAACUCAUUCCCCUCGUUACCAAUUAGAUUGCCAUAAGCACCUUCCUUACGAACUAUGGAGGAGACGUUUGUGCCAUUUCGUGGUAUCAGGAAUGAUCUUCGUGGGAGGCUGAUGUGUUACAGACAAGACUGGACUGGUGGUUUCAGGACAGGCUUCAGGAUUUUGGCCCCCACCACAUAUAUAUUCUUCGCAUCAGCAAUCCCAGUUAUUUCAUUUGGAGAACAGUUGGAAAGAGAGACAGAUGGGGUUUUAACAGCAGUUCAAACAUUAGCUUCUACAGCACUAUGUGGAAUUAUACAUUCAAUCAUAGGAGGUCAGCCUCUGCUGAUUCUUGGAGUGGCAGAACCAACUGUAAUUAUGUAUACAUUUAUGUACAAUUUUGCUAAAGACAGGCCAGAUUUGGGAUCAAAGCUCUUUUUAGCAUGGACUGGAUGGGUAUGUGUCUGGACUGCGAUAUUGCUGUUCCUGCUGGCUAUCUUAGGGGCUUGCUCCAUUAUUAAUAGGUUUACUCGGCUAGCAGGGGAAUUAUUUGGCCUCCUUAUCGCAAUGCUCUUCAUGCAAGAAGCUAUAAGAGGACUUGUCGGUGAAUUUGGCAUGCCUGAAAGAGAAAAUCCAAAGUCAAUUGAGUUUCAGCCUUCAUGGAGAUUUGCAAAUGGAAUGUUUGCUUUGGUCCUGUCAUUUGGUCUUCUGCUUACCGCAAUAAGAAGCCGAAAAGCAAGGUCUUGGCGGUAUGGAUCUGGAUGGCUACGAGGCUUUGUUGCAGAUUAUGGUGUGCCACUAAUGGUCCUAGUUUGGACUGCUGUUUCCUAUUUAACUGCUCGAAGUAUUCCGAAAGGAAUCCCUAGACGCCUCUUUAGUCCAAAUCCAUGGUCACUGGGUGCAUACGAGAAUUGGACUGUCAUUAAGGACAUGCUAAAUGUGCCGGUUCUCUAUAUAUUUGGGGCUUUCAUUCCUGCAACAAUGAUUGCAGUGCUUUACUACUUUGACCACAGUGUAGCUUCCCAACUCGCUCAGCAGAAAGAAUUCAAUUUGAGGAAACCCUCCUCUUAUCAUUACGAUUUACUUCUUCUGGGGUUCAUGGUCAUUUUGUGUGGUCUAAUAGGGAUCCCUCCAUCAAAUGGUGUUAUUCCACAGUCUCCAAUGCAUACUAAAACUCUGGCUACGCUGAAGCACCAGUUACUUCGAAAUCGACUUGUAGCUACAGCACGUAUGUCUAUGAGAAAUAAUGCAAGCUUGGGGCAAUUGUAUGGAAGCAUGCAGGAAGCCUACCAACAGAUGCAGAGUCCAUUAAUUUACCAGGAACGGUCAGCUAGGGGAUUAAAGGAAUUGAAAAACACAACAAUUCAAAUGGCUUCAAGUAUGGGGAAUAUAGAUGUCCCAGUUGAUGAGAGUGUGUUUGAUGUUGAGAAAGAAAUCGAUGAUUUACUGCCCGUUGAGGUGAAAGAACAGCGACUCAGUAACCUGCUUCAAGCUAUAAUGAUCGGAGGAUGUGUUGCAGCCAUGCCUUUACUCAAGAAGAUCCCAACCUCAGUCCUCUGGGGCUAUUUUGCCUUCAUGGCCAUUGAAAGCCUACCUGGUAACCAGUUUUGGGAAAGGAUCUUAUUGCUCUUCACGGCUCCAAGCAGAAGAUACAAAGUACUUGGGGAGUAUCAUGCCACUUUUGUGGAAACUGUACCUUUCAAGACAAUUGCAAUAUUUACAAUCUUCCAGACUGCUUAUCUUCUUCUUUGUUUUGGGGUUACAUGGGUUCCAAAUGCUGGCGUUCUGUUCCCUUUAAUGAUUAUGCUUUUGGUUCCUGUGAGGCAAUACAUUUUGCCAAAGCUUUUUAAAGCGGCACAUCUUCAAGAUUUAGAUGCAGCAGAGUAUGAAGAGGUGCCAGCUUUACCAUUCAACCUCACAACUGAGGGGCUGAUGAGUCGGGCAGCUUCUUUUGCCGAUGAUGGAGAGAUUCUAGAUGGCAUAGUAACCCGUAGUCGGGGUGAGAUUAGACGGAUGUGCAGUCUUAAGAUAACAAGCUGCACUGCAACACCCUCCAAAGAAUUUAGAAGUAUUCAGAGCCCACAGUUGUUGGAUAAAGUGGAUAAAGUAUACAGCCCUCGCAUAAGUGAACUUAGAGGGGAUCAAAGCCCUCAGCUUGGCGGAGGAGGGCCAUUUAGUCCGAGAACUGGAGGAACAAGAGCAUCUAAUUUAGGGAAAACUGGUUAGAACUUAGAUGUGAAAUAGCAAAAACUGGCGGUGUUUCUAUUGUCAGGUUACCAAAACGUAGGCACUGGCAGAAAUUAUUGGAGUUGAACAUGAAAUUUGCAAUAACUACUGUCCUGCCUUCUACUCUUUGGGAAAUUAUGUUGGGCGCGGGGUGCAAUUGUAACUACAAGUUUUAUGAAUAGCAAUACCAAGUUCUAUAUAUGCUAAAAUAUGUACAUGCAUUAUUUAUUAUUUACCUAAGGGUAGCCCUUUUAGGAGUUUUA